AUACCGUAUUCUCAAAACUAGUAUGCACUGUUUAUGGUUACAGCCAGGUGAAAACGUCGACUUUUGAGAAAAUAUUUAAUUUUUUAAUAAUUAUUCACGAAGCAAUUGCUUCUAAGACAUUGUAAAAUGGAUGAAGUGGACUCACCUUUCCUACGAAAGAAGAAAUCACAGCAGAAGCAGUCAGACAAUCGCUUCCAAUCAGAAUUACAGAUGAAACUUCAACAGCGCCGAAGUGAUGGUUUAACAUAUGGUCUGACUAGUGAAGAAAGCGACAGCCUUGUGGAUGAUGAUGAUGGUGAUAGUGAUGAAGAAAUUCUUGCACAACACAGAAGAAAUUUGUCUAACCGAAAACAAACAAACAGGCCAGGUUCUGCAAAAAGAAGAACUCCUACAUUUCAAGACACUAAUGAUAUAAGUUUGGGUGAUACUAUUAGGCCUGGACAAAGUGGGAACAGGUUUAUGAAACAGCAAGGACAGCAGCAUCAAAAUGAGAGUAUUCCUGCCCUCAACACGAGCGGGAAAGGAAGAACCUCCCCAGGGAUGCCGUCAUUAACAUCUCCCAAGCUUUCUCCAAAAGACAGCAGAAGUCUAACUGAUGCUUUUGGUGGGAAAAGGUCACCAAGUCCCAAGUAUGGAGCCCAACCCAUGUCUCAAGAGGAUAUCAUAUUUGGCAGGAAGACUCCAACUAAUGACCCAAGACGUCAGAGUCCCACAGACAAUAAGCCAUGGCAGCCACCAAAUUUUCGUAAAACCCCAGCCACAGAGCAGUUAGAAAACAGAUCCCCAUCUCCAGGUUUACAAGGUAGGAGAACCCCAUCUCAAGAGCCAUUUCUCCAGAGUAUAGAUGAGAAGGAGAAGACACCAAGAAAGGGCAGGUUCCCGAGCCCUAAAGAACGCAGUCCCAAAGGUGGUCUACCCAGUCCAAAGGAACGAUUCUCCAAAUCAGACAGGAAAUCACCAAAGGGCCUCUCUAUAGACGAUUCUCCUCGACUGGAUGAUGUACCUAAAGCCCGACCAAGACACAAGACCGACAUAUUUGGGAAAACAGACCCGGUAGAUGUGGAUCUGGAGACGGAUUCCCCGUCUGUUAGCAGAUUUCACAGGGGGGCUCCAGGUGGCAGAAAAUCCCCCUCACAAAUUGGGAGAAAAACUCCAACAAAUUUAGAUGACAGGAAAACUCCAACAAACUUUGAUGGUAGGAAGACUCCAACAAACUUCGAUGGCAGGAAGACUCCAACAAAAUUUGAUGGCAGGAAGACUCCAACAAAAUUAGAUGGAAGAAAAACACCAACAGAUAGAGAUUCUUACAGAAAUCAUGAGAGAGAGACAAAACCACAACCCACAAGGAACACAUCACUUCUGGAUAUGCUCAACGACGAUUUCGAUUCCUCAAAAAGUAAAAAGAAAGAAGAACGGAAACCAAAACUAUUGUCACAGACCCCCCAAGAACCUCAAGAGAGGGAGGAUAGUAUUAGGGAUGAUAUUCUAGGGGAUAAAAUAAACAGGGCCAAGCACAGACAGACCAAAUCAGCCAAUCUGGACAAUAGAGACAUUGGAAAUAGAGACACCAUGACUGCAGGAAAGAAAAGGACGGACAAGGAGAAAAUGAUACCUGAUGAUAGUUCAUUGUGUGAAGAGUUUGACAAAGAUCCUCUGGGAAGGUCGUUUACUGAACCAGAAAAACAAGCUAAGCCAGGUAAACGUUCAACAGAAAGCAAAAAGUCAAAUGAUAUAAUAGAUAAGGUGGCUCAAGAACAAAACAAACCUGACUCAGGCACGAUGAAGUCCACAGAUACCAACAGAUCUCUCAGAAAAACUGACAAGGAACACCGCCCCAAGCCACGAUACACAAUUCCUGGUACCCCCACUAGUCAGGGCACCCUCUCAGAAAUGUCAUUCAAUGACACCAUGUCCAUCCGCCAAGCGGUGUAUGAGGAGUGGAGGAAAGAGAAGAUGAAAUCAGCGAAGAAAGAGAAAGCAGAGCACGAAAAGAAAAAGCAGGAAGAAGUGAAGAAAAAGGAAGAGGAGAAAAAAGAAAAGAAGCUUGAAAAUGAGAGUUCCUACAAGACAUGGAAGGAAUCAAAAGAGGACACAUAUGUCAAAAAAAUCAGAGAGGAUAGACAGAAAGAAAGAGAAAAGAAGGAAAAGGAGGAGGAAGAAAUCCAGAAGAAAAAAAGAGAUGCUGAAAAGACUUUUCAAAUAUGGAAAGAGGAGAAGGAUGAAGAAAUAAAAGAAAAGCUGAGGAGGAAGAGAGAAGAGGAAAGAGAAAAGCAGUAUGAAGAAGAAGAAAAGAAAAGAGAGAAAGAAAAGGAAAACCAGACAGCUUUAAGAGGAUGGAAAAACAAGAAAGAAGUGGUGUUAAAAGAAAAGGAGAAGGAGGAGAAAAAGAAAAAACUUUCCACUCUUACUGAACAGGAGAAAUUGAAAAGAGAGCAGGAAAGAGAGGCAGAGAAACUGUACGAAAAAUGGCUGAGGAGAAAGGAUGAUCAGAAAAGAAAAGAUAAAAGUCGGAGAUAUGGAUCAACAGAGGACAUUGAAUUCCGUCCAGCAUGGAGUCCAGCGAGUAAAACGAUACCUUUCGGAAGAUAAAAUCACACAACCAUGAUGAAAUCAUUGAUUUGUCACCAGUUGAAAUGAAUAAUAGCUUGUCAGAGGAAGUGCUGAUGACCCAUUUGUAGUCUAGAAUUCAGAAAUAGUUGGAAAAUACCUGUAUCUACAUGUACUAAACUAGAUAUGUAGAGGGUAGGAUUGAAUGGAGCUAAAAACAAUUUACAUUGCUCAUGCACCCAAUAUUUCCAAAACUUGUGAAUGCUGUCCGUCCUAAUUGGAUUUUUAAUAGUUGUUUUGUUUCCUUCUGUUAUAUGCCAUAUUUGUAUUGUGCAUACAUUGUAUUUAUUAGUCAUAGUUCAUGCAUGCCAUAAGAACUACACAUGCAUUUUCCUGAUCAAAAUUUGGACAUGUAUUGAAAUCACCAUGACCUGAAUUCAACUGAUCAAUAUGCCCUGAAUUCAACUGAUCAUAAUGCCCUGAAUUCAAUUGAUCACCGUGCCCUGAAUUUAACUGAUCAAUAUGCCCUGAAUUCAACUGAUCACCAUGUUUUGAAUUCAACUGAUCAUCAUGUUUUGAAUUCAACUAAUAAAGUUUCCGUCUCUAAAUGAUAUGUGUUAAGUAUUCUCAUACAGCAUUGUAUUGUUCACCUUUUGGUCCCAGGAGCAGUGUAGGGACUGCACUAUAGGACUGCAAAAUAUAUUCCAAAAUAAUUUUGUUUAAAAGAAUACAAGACUACAGUUUGCCAAAACAGAAUGCAAAACUUCCCAUCUGUACAUUUGAAUUGAUUCAUAACAUGUCCUCACAUAGUUGGACUAAAAGGGUCACAGAAUUUUACAGAUGUUGUAGGAAAGUAUUUUCUGCAUCUUUUUCUCAAGAGAGCUAUACAUGCUAACAUCUUUGUGUAACUUUGAUUCAAGGGGUUUUUUUUAUGCCAUGGUCCCAGGAGGCCAGUUAAUGGAGUCCCUAUAGGGGUGUAAGGAUUUACCUGAGGAACAUAGGUACACAAUCUUCUAAAGAACAACAGAAGAGAUAACAAAGGCUACAUUCUGCAACUUAGCAGACAUCCUUUUUGGUUUUUUUACUGGUAUAACAUGAUGAAAGGCUUAUUUAGGUAUCCUCUGUGUUUCUAGUAUAACAUGAUGAAGGGCUUAUUUAGGUAUCCUCUGUGUUUCUAGUAUAACAUGAUGAAAGGCUUAUUUAGGUAUCCUCUGUGUUUCUAGUAUAACAUGAUGAAAGGCUAAUUUAGGUAUCCUCUGUGUUUCUAGUAUAACAUGAUGAAGGGCUUAUUUAGGUAUCAUCAAUGUUACUGGUAUAACAUGAUGAAGGGCUUAUUUAGGUGUCCUCAAUGUUACUGGUAUAACAUGAUGAAGGGCUUAUUUAGGUAUCCUCUUUGGGUUUUUUUUACUGGUAUAACAUGAUGAAGGGGCUUAUUUUAAGGACUCCAAAUCUUUGAUGAAUGAUAUCUUUGUGAGCAUUGUGGCCUGUUUGUGUCAUGAGGCAAAGGUUAGGAAUUUCAUUUUUAAAAACUUUUAAGAAUUUAUAGUUUUACCCAAUAAUUCUCAUAAUGUGUUGUAUGUUGAAUUGUGAUAUCAUACAUAUUAAACAGUUCAUUUGAGAGUCGGAAAAGUUUGUAGAGAAUAAAUGUAAGAAAAAAUUUAUUACAUGUACUUCAUUUUUUUUUUUUUACUUUUGAGUUAUGUACAUAAUUUUUUUAAUGAUCAAAUUGUUAUUAUGAAAAUAUUGUAAGCAUUGAAUAGAUGUUUAAAGAUGUU